AUGAUGGCGAGGUUCAGCGGCGUGCGGCAGCCGCAUUUCGGCGCCACGCCGUGCGCGUGUAGGCCGCGUGCGGGCGCUCGCUGGGUGCCUUGUGUGGCCGGGCGCAAGGACGGCGUGAGCCUCGACUCGCUCGUUCCGCAGACGCUGGAGGAGAUGGAGGGGGACGCGGAGCUGCAGGCGGUGCUGAAAAGCAUCGAGGAGGAGGGGCAGGCGGCACUGACCAAGCGGGAGCAGCGCGGGCGGCAGAGAUCCCUGGAGAAGCUCAACAUGCCGAAUUUCUCCAAGGCAUGCGCGGACGCGGGCGUGACGCCGCUGAAACGCGGCGCCGCGAAGAUCCUGCAGCUCAACAUCGGCCUCUACUGCAACCAGGCGUGCACGCACUGCCACGUCGAGUCCUCCCCGAAGCGCACAGAGAUGAUGUCGUUCGAGGUCGCGAACCGCUGCCUCGAGCUCCUCGACGACGCGCCCUCCGUCGCCACCCUCGACCUCACCGGGGGGGCCCCGGAACUCAACCCUACGUUCCGGCACCUCGUCGAGGGCGCCCGCGCGCGCGGCCGCGAGGUCAUCGACCGCUGCAACCUCACCGUGCUCGAGGAGCCCGGGCAGGAGGACCUGGCGGACUUCCUCGCCGCGCUCCGCGUGCGCGUCGUAGCGUCGCUGCCGUGCUACUCGCAGAAGAACGUCGACCUCCAGCGCGGCUCAGGCGUGUUCGAGCGGAGCGUUCGCGGGCUGCAGAAGCUCAACGCGGUCGGGUACGGCGUCCCCGGCACCGGCCUGACGCUCGACCUCGUGUACAACCCCGGGGGACCGUUCCUGGCGCCGCCCCAGGAGUCGCUCGAGGGGGCGUACCGGACCGAGCUGCGGGAGGCGUUCGGCGUGGAGUUCAGCUCGCUCCUCGCGCUCAACAACAUGCCGAUCAAGCGCUACUACGACUGGCUGGAGCGCCGGGGGGGGUUGGAGGAGUACAUGGGGCUGUUGCUGGAGGGGUUCAACCCCGGGGCUGCGGAGGGGCUCAUGUGCCGCGACACGGUGUCGGUCGGGUGGGACGGCCGCGUGUACGACUGCGACUUCAACCAGCAGCUCGAGAUGACGCUCGCGGGGGGGUCGGGGGAGUCAGGGCUGACGGUGUUCGACCUGGGGAGUCUCGGCGAGCUCGAGGGGAGGGGUAUCCUGGUGGACAACCACUGCUUCGGGUGCACGGCGGGGUCGGGGUCGGGGUGCCAGGGCGCGACGGAGUGA